AUGUCCACUCCACUGGAGGAUGCCAUGAACACCUUCAUCAGGAUUUUUCAUCACUACUCUGGCAAAGAAGGUGACAGAUACAAGCUGAGCAAAAGAGAGCUCAAGGAACUCCUCACCAGGGAGCUCACUGACUUCCUUUCUGGCCAAAACGAUCCUCAUCUUGUUGAUAAGAUUAUGAACGAUCUGGAUUCCAAUAAAGACAAUGAAGUGGAUUUUAAUGAAUUUAUGACUCUGGUUGCAACUCUGACUGUGGCUUGUAACGAUUUCUUUGAAGAACAGCUAGAAGAAGGAUUUUAA